AUGAGCAAGAAGGCCGCGAAAGUACCCAAGACCUCUGGCUCUGCGAAUAUCUAUGAUUUUCGCGAUAUUGUACUGGGAAAAGUACGCGGCUACCCGCCGUGGCCCGGGAUGGUAGUCGACCCAAACGAUGCUCCGCAGCAAGUCAUCGAUGACCGACCUGCAGGCAAAAAGUCCAACUUCUACCUUGUGCGAUUUUUCCCUGCCGGUGAUUUCUCCUGGCUUGCGCCCAAAGACAUCUCAAAGCUCCAGCAACACGAAAUCGAGGCAUACAUCAACGAGCCGUUCAAAAAGUCGGGUGACCUCUUGACGGGCUACAAGGUUGCGCUGGACCCUUCCGACUGGGAGAAGCGCAAAGCUGAACAGGCGGAGGCUGCUGCUUCAGAAGAGGUCGUCGAUGAGGUCGACCAGCUCGACAGCGAGAGUGAGGAAAAGCCGAGGAAGCGGAAACGGGACAGUGAUGGUGGUGCCUCAGCCAGGAAGCGCAAGACGAGUACGACAGGCGACGCAAAGAAGAAAGUACCAGCGAAGAACAAGAAGGGUGGAAAGAAGAAGGAGAAUGUCGAGAGCGAGGACGAUGGCGAGGCUGACGAAGACGCGAAGAAAGCUAGGAAGGACAAGGACGAGCAUGAAGAGGGCGACCUGGCAAAGGAUCCAGAGGCUGUCAAGGUUCGCGACUGGCGACACAAGUUGCAGAAAACGUUUUUGAGCAAUAAGGGGGACCCGAAGGAGGAGGAUAUGCCCGGUAUGGACAAACUAUUCCAUACUGUCGAGGCGUACCAGUCUAUCACCAUCCACUACCUUACGUUCUCAAAAAUCGGCAAAGUCAUGCGCCACAUCGCUGCUCUGGCUGAAGAAAAGAUCCCCAACGACAGCCAAUACAAGUUCCGCGAGCGUGCAAAAGCCUUAGUCGAUCGAUGGCAGCAAGUCUUGAACGCGAACAAGAACGAGUCAACGAAUGGCGUUACGGAGGGAACGGCGAAGAUGGAUUUGAAUGGAAACGGCAAUACAAGCGGAGAAGAUAAGAAGGAAGGUGCGGUAUCGGAGGCAGCGCCUGCGAUUCCGCAUGCUGAAGAGCCACUGAGCGCCCUUCCAGGAGCAGACGGCGCUGGCGACAUGUCGAUGCUAGGCGAUGUCACAAUGUCAGAGGCUGCGGCGUGA